AUGUCAAAAAAUGUUGUUGAGGUUCCUAUUUCUGCAGAAGAGUUGAAGAUACGAAGUGAGCUUGCCAAGAAAAUUGAAAAGGAUUUGGAAGAGGAGAUUAAAGAAGGAAUAUACAAUCUUGCUCGUCGAUUGAACCAGAUUUUUCAGCAAAGGAAGGAAAGAGAAGCCAAAGAAGCCGCGUUUGAUAAGGUAAACAACAAAACUAGAGCACUUUCUAAGGUGAUUAUAAACAUAGGAAUUGAAGGAGGAACUAAGAUUGAAAUCAAGGAGGUUAACAAAGAAGCGAAAGAAAGGCGUUGUGAUUAUCGAUCGAAAAAAUGUUUGAAAGAAGUGAAGGAAAUUGAUUGGGAGAGGAGUUUGAGGAGAGGUCCAAGUCCUGUUUAUGUGAAAGAAUCAUGUGUUAGAUCAAAGCAAAAGGAUAGAAAUGUGAUGAGGGGAAAGAAUGGAAGUGAAGAUAAGAAGGUUUUUCACUUCGGGUGGAAAGUUUGA